AUGGGUAGAGGGCCGCCUGCAUCGUCAGAAUCAGCGCCUCUCCAGGGUGCUCCUGCCCCCCGUGGUAGUCAUUCCACCAUGCAGAGCAGGCCUAUGGACUUCUUUGUAACAGAGGAUCAUCGGUUGCAGAGAGACUUCGAGGAGUUAGUGCCUAUUGGGAAGGGCGGAUUUGGCCGCGUGGUGAAGGCCCGACAUCGGCUAGAUGGGGAGGUAUAUGCCAUAAAGAUCAUCGAAGUAAGCGGGAUCCUGAGGGGCUAUAGAUGCGUCUUCGAGGCACCAAGUGAAGGGUUUAGGAAGAAAGCUGCAAGGCGUAUAAGGGCUCAGAUCACGGAGGGGGAAGGAGAGCCGGCGCAGCUCCUGCUGCUGGAGGGAAAAGGGGUGCAUCUAUACGGGCAGAGAGAGAUUUCUGUUGCAUUGCGCGUCUGGCUCGGUGAUUGGGAUGAAUGUGUGUCCACCGUCGUGUCACGAUGGAAUGCCCUCUACCGAAACGGGGAGGGCAGGCUUGAGAAUGUUGCGAUGCCUGCCUGCUACUGCAGUUUUGGUCCUGCGUUUGCUGCUGUUUUGUCGCAGUUUACUGUGGACGCUAGGGCCCUGCCUCUGGCAACACCACCUCACGUGUGCAGCGAGCUGAGAUUUCGAGGGCGUGGACGGGGGCAUAGAGGAACUGGCCUCGACGCGGGGGGGGAGGUUGUGCGCACUCCACUCGGUGGGAACCAUCACGACGACGGGCUGCUGCGUGGAGUUCUUAACCUGCCUUCUAGCGAGAAUCUUGAGGGGCCCCCUAGCGAGCUCGCUGGGAGAGCUGGCCCUGUAGCAUCCGAAUAUGUCAACACCUGUGGCCUCGCCGUCGCUGGGAGGUCGAACAGCCAGAGCGGCCAGCCAGCCGCGUCGAGCUACGGAUUCUGGUGUACAGACACGUACAGCGGCGACAACACGAGUGGUCUCAAGAUCUCCUUCAGGCAUCCCAGCGAGCCUCGCGUCCUAGACAUCUCUGGAAGUACUCAUCGCGCCAAUGGCUGCGUGCCGCAGGAGGCAACGGGAACUUUGAUGGAAUCCUGGACUGGAGCUUCUUCUAGCCUUCGAGCUCAAGGCGGAGUUGCGAAAAGGACCUUGAUCGGCGAUAAGUGGGCUUGUUUUGCGCCUUAUCGCAUUGUGGAGGCUGCACCACAGGCCAGGCCUAGUACCCCCUGCUUGCCCGCUGGAGGAGCGCUUGUAACGCCUCCUGGAGGAGCGCUUGUAACGCCUCCUGGAGGAGCGCUUGUCUCGCCUCCUGGAGGAGCGCUUGUCUCGCCUCCUGGAGGGUCCCUUCCUCUUUGUCCCUUGCAGGGUAAACAAGGGACUGUGGCAGUAGGCACAGGGCGACGUUCUUGCAAGCCCAUGAUGUAUAACAGCAGAAAAGGCGGAGUCCGUCUGGACGGCGCUCGUGGCUGUGGGGAAACGUGUAUAGAGAGGCCCCCUGCUGGCGGCAUCUCCCAGGUGUCUCCCCAGCAGCCCGUCGGAGGUCGCGUAGAGGUGUCACUACACAUUCAGAUGGAGUGCUACCCGAUGUCUUUGGAGCAGUAUAUUGCAAGCACCCCGGAGGUGGAGGGGCCGCGCGAGGCUCUCUUUCUAUCCCAGGUGAUACACGGAGUUGCAUACUGUCACAGGCGGGGAGUUAUCCACCGAGACCUUAAGCCCUCUAAUAUGUUUGUUACUCCGGAGGGUACGAUCCGCAUUGGUGACUUUGGUCUGGCCCUUAGGGAGGACCUUUACUGCGACACUAGGGGGCCACAUCAUAAGGAGUCUUCCCCACACUAUUGUGGAUCGCCGCCUUCCCUCACCAGCACGUUUCCAGUCAUGGGAGCCCCCCCAUCGCUAGGCGAGCAGGCCACGAUAGUGGCCAUCCGUGCAGCAGAAACAGCGGAGGCAGGAGGUGCACAUCUUGCCGCAAAUCGCACGCGUGGUGUUGGAACCACCGUGUAUGCGCCGCCUGAGCAGCUGGAGGGGAGACCUUACGGGAGCGCAGUUGAUAUAUGGGCCUUAGGGAUGGUCGGCCUUGAUCUCUUCUGCCGUGCAGAGACUGUAAUGGAGCGGUCUGAGAUAUUGCAAAGGGCUCGUCAAGGCCUCAUGCCACCAAGCUUGGAGAAAGAGCAUCCUGAUGUCGCCGCCUUGUGUAGAAUGUGUCUCCAGAUCGACCCCGCAAAGAGACCUUCGGCAGCAAAGCUAAAACACUUGCUUGAAGAGGGGUCUCUUCUUAGGGGCCCACUUGUUAGGCCCGCAGCUUGCUUUCCACUCCCCGGGGUACUCGGACAGCAGUUGAUUGGGCUUCCGUCAGGAGCUGAUGGCUGUACCUCAUCAUCAAGGCAGCAGCAGCAGCAGCAACAGCAACGACAGAAGCUCCCAUUACACCGUUCGAGCUACAACUCGGCGGGGGAGGCUUACCUCGUCCCGCCGUCACCGUAUGUCCUCUGCACCCCCAAACUUACUGCUGCAUCGCCUCCUGCGCAUCCCUGCAAACCCCUGGCGAAUGCAAUAGCAGAAAAUCCUUCGGGGUCUCCUUUGACACACCAGGGGGCCUGCUCUCCCGUGUUGCCACGAGCCUCUGCAAGCGGCAGUUUGUGGGGCCUCUACGACGAGGAGGGGGGGAUAGAUACCGAGAGCUGCUUCGUGCCGGCUUUCGUGGAGUUGCGCUCCCACAAAGGCAGCUGGAAGCGACGGUGUGUGACACUCGACUUGCUGCGAUGUCGUCUCUACGUAUAUGCCAAGCCCAGGGAUCUAAAACCUCGCCAGGUCUAUGAGCUGGGUGGCCUCGAGGGCUUCAAGUCCUUCGAACUGCAACUUUUGCCACCGCCUUCAACCCCGACAACGGCAGCAGAGACCUCUCCAGAAGGGGGGGAGCCAAUGCGCUUCCUCCCAGGGGACUCACUGCCACGGCUAGCAUACAUGGAGCUCGAAAGAGACUGGGGGGGCCUUCCACCGCCAGCGGCUGAGCAGUUCAAGGCGUCCGACGGCCUCUCGGCGAGCACUAGCCAUACUAAAGAUACUCGGGUCGAAACUCUCUCUUUACUUCCUGGGCAUCGCAACUCGCACCUUUUUUCUGCUGCUCCCACGUUUGCAUCCCCUGAGCACUUCACCAUCUCCAGCAGUAGCACAGACGGGACAGUGGUUGCAGGAGCCACGGGACCUGCAGCAGUUGUAACUGUAUCUGAGGCUACCACUUUUUGUGCUGAUUGCAUUGGACCCCCACUGGCUGCAUCGCCUCCUCCCCUGGGGGCGGUGCUGCGGUGUGCAGCUGACCCUUCACCGAGGGGCAGCGAGCUUCAGCUCCCUGUGGGGGCCCCUUUAGAGACCCCCGAUGGAGGGGGAGCCUGGGUGAUGGUCCUCAAAGCAUCCCCUCUUCGAGAGGACCUCUGGAUCCGUGGCUGUGUUCCCUCCACCAGCAACAAACUUCCCACGACCCCUACUGCUGGUCUGUCGCAGCAGCAGCUUGGCUCGGCAUGCAACAACAGGGCCUGGCUGGAGGGCCUGCUUGAGAUAAUGAAAGGUGUGCAGCAGCAGCAUCAACAGCAGCAACAAUAGCAGGAACCGUGGCGGAGCAACAAUAGUAGAAGCGACAUUUUGAAAAUCGCAGCAGCAAGAGCAACAGUGGGGACUUUUGUACGCGGGGGCCCUCUCCUAUGUGAUGGCCGCAGCAGCGGUACGUUUGGAAACUCUGAUAAGGUGACUCUUGUCGAUUGUAUGGGCGCUCCGGUCCUUCAGCUUGGCGCGGCACUGGUGCAUAUCGCCUGGAGUAUUAGGGUAUUGGCCGUUUUAAUCGGGAGACAUGGUGGCAGGAUGGGAACGAGGCCCCUUUUGCUGCUCCGGCAGAGGGACGCUUGUGGGGCUCCUCACAGCUUAGGUAUGAAAUCGUGGAUAGCAGCUGAGAGGGGAGGCGACCUCGCUACACUGUGGGGGGGGCAGGGGGCCUUAAGGACCUUUCGUGUUGCCCGACGCUUCAUGGUCUGGCUAGUAACCGGCGGCAGCGGAGAACAUGGUCCCAGAAACGUCCUCCCUACUAUUGUCUUAGCCUCGCGAAAGUGUUCGGACACGCACGAUAACCGCGACAUAAGUGUGUAG